AUGACUCUGAAGCCGUGGGAGGAGAAGGCCAAAAGCGCGCGGGACUACCGUGACGUGACCCUGAGCAAAGUUGACCCUCCGUUUGAGAAUCUCCCACAGACUUUGCCAUUAUCUUCGCAAGAUUUGCCAAAGCAAUUCCUUACACCGCGGGAAUAUGAACUCACGCAGAAUUACGAUGCCAUCGGGCUCCUCGAGAUGCUGCGGUCGAAGAGGAUCACUUCGGAGGAAUUGACCAAGGCUUUCUUACGGAGAGCUGCGCUGGCGCAAUAUGCGGUCAACUGCGUGACUGAACUCAUGUGGGACGAGGCAAUUGAGAGAGCAAAAUACCUUGACUCCCUCCCGGAGCCCUGCGGCCCCCUCCAUGGCCUCCCAAUCUCGGUCAAAGAACAUCACGGGAUGGAUGGGAAAACCAACCAUGCAUCAUAUGUGGCAUGGAUCGGACAGCCUUCCGACCCAAACCCGUUAAAUGAUGCGCUGUACAAGGCCGGAUGCGUCUUCUACGUGCGAACCACCGGCCCACAGACGCUCAUGCACCUAGAGUGCAACAACAAUGUCUAUGGCAGAACCGUUAAUCCAUGGAACCGAAAUCUCACGUGUGGCGGAAGCAGCGGUGGCGAAGGGGCUCUUGUGGCGUUUAGGGGCAGUGUCUGGGGACUGGGAGGGGACAUUGGAGGCAGCGUACGGGCACCAGCCAGUAACAAUGGCAUCUACGGCUUCAAACCAACCGCCAAACGAAUCCCGUUGAAAGGCAUGAAGCACGUCAUGAAUGGGAAAGACUCGGUUCUUGCCACUUUCGGGCCCCUCACCCAAAGCCGAGAAACCUGCAAUUUGUUCAUGAAGGUCAUCUUGGAUACUGAGCCCUGGCGUUUCGAUCCGUCUCUGACAGUCAAACCAUGGACCCCGGAGAAAUUCACUCAGCCCCUGAAAGUCGCCAUCGAAUGGUCCGAUGGUGUGGUCAAGCCUCACCCACCCAUGAUCCGGGCAUUGCAGAUGGUCGCCGACGCUUGCAAAUCAGCUGGUAUGGAGGUCGUGGACUGGGAGCCUUAUAAACACGACAAGGCUUGGGAAAUCGUAUCGGGACUCUAUUUCCCGGACGGCGGCGAAGCGUGCAUGGCCCCGCUGAAAGAAAUCGACGAGCCAGUCCUUCCUCUCACGAAGUUCAUUAUCGAGGAGCAGCCAAACGUCAAGAACCGAAACAUGCAUGAAUAUUGGGAUCUCUGUGUCGAAAGAGAUUCGUACCGCGAAGAGUAUGCGGCACACUGGAGUAAGACUGCCGACUCAGGCAAGGAGGUCGACGUUAUUAUCUGCCCAGCGACCCCGGGGGCCGCGCCGCUGCAUGACACGGCCAGAUAUUGGCCUUACACCAGUCAAUGGAAUCUCUUGGACUACCCCGCGGCCAUUUUCCCGGUAACUUUUGUGGAUGUGGAGAAGGACAAGAAGGAGGAAGGGUACGUCCCAAUGAAUGCGCAGGACAAGUACAAUUAUGAUCUGUAUGAGCCUGAGAAAUGGGUGGGAGCGCCGGUCAGUUGCUGCGUUGUCGGUAGGAGGCAGAUGGACGAAAAGGUCAUGGCCGCAUUGGAGGCGAUCGAGAAGGCUAUGGGGAGGAAAUGA